ACUUCAAGUGUCAAAGAAAAAUGUGAAUAUUGUCAAGAUUCAACAAAUUCGACAUAAAUAGUUAAAUAAUUAGUAAUUUGAACUGUUUUCAUAUGUUGGGAUCAUGCUAAAUCCCUAAGUAAUAGUAUAACAUUUUAUUGCGUCAUACAUUCUUAACUUGAUUAUAGUUAGUCAUUAUGGCAAGGUCGCCUAAAGAUGAUCCCAGAUUUAAUGACAAUGCUUGGAAUUUCCAUACGGAAACCGGCGAGCAUUGUUCACCGACAGGAAUUAAUGAGAUAAAACAGCCAACACUAUCUUCCAAUGGCUCUGUAAUACCCGAAAACUUAUAUGGAAGACCAAAUUUUAAUAGCGGUGUGUACAUUAACAAACCAUACAUGCAAACUGGAGAUAGUACGGCAAAUAAAACUGAUAACAUCCCUUACAACGUUUUGCCUAACGUUAACAGAAUUCCACGUCAAAAUUAUGGCAAUGCCAUUCUAAACUUGGGAAAUGGUCAAGUGGUAAGAGUAAUUUAUGACGAAAAUAAUCAACAACUAAUCUUUCCCAUGUCCGGACAGUACGAAUUGUUCAAUCAUAAUCAAGGAAUACGCGACGUGCCACUACAAGCUGCCCCACCAUCCCAUUUGUUUACAUUAAACCAAGAGUUUACUGUGAACAAUAACGUUAAUGUUCAGCCACCUACUGCCACAAUACAACACAGUACUUUCAAUCAAGAUUGUGUUAGCCAGUCUACCAUACCAACAUCUAACUUUUUGAAAGAAGUUCUUGGUAACUGGGAACCAAAUUCUUCAGGAACAUAUUCUCCAUUUGGACAAAAUUAUCCCUUGAAUCAUCCUGAUGCCCCAACCAUAUUAAAUAACAAUCCUAUAGAGUCAACACUAAAUCAGAUAAAACCAGAAGCUUCGCCCAAAAGAAAUGAGAAUGGACCAUUAGCUGAUACGAGUAAUAAAAAAAGAAUAGUAGCCGAAGUGAAGCCCAUGCGACCAAGUUAUUCUGAAGUAGCAAAAAACACCAAAAAUGCUCAACCAGACCCAGCAAAGAAAACAAAACCACAAAACAACCCUGAUAACAAAACACCCAGUAAACCAAAUCCCAAACCAGAAAAACCAGUUAAUACUAAACAUGUGUCUGACGAAACCAAGACUAAGGCAGAAAAGAAACAGCACUCAAACGCUAUAUCCUCUGGAAGCGAGUCCGGUGACGUUAACAACGAUGACACAGAAAAACAACAGAAAACCAACAAGCGGUCAAAAAACAAACGUAAUAAUAUGUCACGUAAAUGGUCAUCCCUAGACGAUAUAACCAACGAAGAAGGGAACUUCAGCCAGGAGAACGAAAGUCAGUUUCUGUUUAUACAAAACAACGCUGAAAAGGUUAAAAAAGAUAAAAAAUCUGACAGAACUAAAAAUAUAGACAAAGGUAUUGCCGAGGAUGAAUUGAAGUUUGAAGAAGACGACGAGCAGUCUCAAUUUGGGUUCAACGAAGGUCAACCCGAUGUAACCAAGGCCAGGAAGAAGAAAGAAACUCGCAACCAUCACAAGGCUUCUAAGAUAAUUCAGGACAAGAAAAAAACGAACCAGACUAAAAUAAGAAAAAACAAGCCCGGCUACAUGGGUGUAGUCCAUAACUACUUGGAGCACUGGGGGGGAGCCACUUGGAAAGCAUUUGUUUGGUUUAUUUUCUUGCUCUCUGAUAUCUGCCGAAUGAGUCUUCAUCUGUCAUUCGACUUGUGUACAUCUCUCUUCAGUCAAACCUAUGUUAGCUCGCAGGCUGUGUGGCGCAGCAGCAGGGACUGGCUCUCCAGGAUCACUAAAAACAAAUACCUCAUGUACAUCGACAGAAAGUUUGGACACACACAGUUUGCUUUUUGGAGAAAACUUAAAUGGUUUAAAAAAGAAAGUGAAACGGACAGUAACGACACCAAGCUGAACUCCAACAUCCCGCUGCCGGCCACGGGGGAAGAAGCCAUGAAACGCUUACUGGCGUGUAAAGGAAAAGAUCCGUACAGUAUCCUAGGCGUCAGCGUGUCUUGUAGCGAUGAAGACAUCAAGCGUUACUACCGACGGCAGGCGUUCCUCGUCCAUCCCGACAAGAACCAGCAGCCUGGCGCUGAAGAGGCCUUCAAGAUUUUGCAGCAUGCGUUCGAUCUUAUCGGGGAGCCGGAGCGCCGCGAGGCCUACGAGCGUCGCGCCCGCGAGUCACGACACGCUGAGGCCGCGUGGGGUGAGCUCAGUGUACUGCUGGAGCAACUGCACGACAAGAUGGAGUUCGCAGCCAACACGAUACGCUGUACGAACUGCGGUCGUCGUCACAAGCGAGUGAUGACGUCACGGCCGUGCUACGCCGCGCGGUACUGUGGACAGUGCAAGAUAAGACACUCCGCCAAGGAGGGUGAUAUAUGGGCGGAGUCCAGUAUGCUCGGUCUGCUGGUGAUGUACUACGCGUGUAUGGACGGAGCCGUCUACCAGAUCACACAGUGGGGCAGUUGUCAGAAACGGAACCUGAGACAGCUGCGUCCCGACUGCCACGUGGUGCAGUACAGGAUCGUGCUCGGGAACAAAGCGACGGCCGACCCACAGAAAACCACCACCGGACACGAUCCAAAUCUCGAAGAAUUCCUGAACAAUCUGUACAGUAAAUCUGGUGUGACACCGAACACUACCGGCUGUAAGCCGACGACCGAAUCAGCGGACGCAAAGAAACGACGCAAUAAAAAACCUAAAGCCUGAAUAAUAAUUAAAAAUAAAACUGCCUCAAAAAAAAACCUAACGUCAAAUAACUUUUGAAAAUGGAACAUUUUUGCAAACGCGCGUUGCUCCGUCGUAAUAGUCUGUGAAAACAUGCCUUCAUAUUAUAUAAAACAAACAAUAUAUUUAAUACAGAAAAUUAUAAUAUACAUAGUGUUUUAGAUACGGUCGCUACAGUAAGGGGCGGUCGGGAUAUGGAUGACAGAUGAGUGAUAUUAUACCUCAAAAAGAUUGAACUAUGUUUAUUAUCCUCAUACAAAAACCUACUUUACACAUUGAUACAUUAAGGUUGAAUUUUAAUACAAGCGUAAUUAAUAUAGGUCUUUCUUUUUGAGUGGUAGUUAUGGUUACACUACUUUAAUACAAGCGUUUUUAUUUCGAUGAUUCUUUUAUCAAAUGCAUAGAGGUGUUUCGAGUGCAUAUAACGCGUUGAGUUCUCAUAUUAAUGUUUCAAUAUAUCGAUAAUUAUUUCGGUUACAACAUAUCGUAUUUUUUUCUUGUAUAAAGUUUGAAAGCACCUACAAAAUGUUUCCAAAAAACAUUCGCUUUUGAAAGAAAAUUUUAUUAUAAAUUUUAAUAUUGAAUUUUAUAUCAAGAACAUAAAAUUUUGUGGCUUGAACGCUUCCCAGUUACUUAAUAUAUAUCACAGCCACCCAAGCCUAAAAUAUUAACUUAUAUUUUAUAUAAACACAUCAGAUGCGUAUAUUUGUACCUUAUAUUAUAUUAUCUGUAACUAAGUCAUUUAAAGAAUAGCUUGAAUCAGAGUCAUUCUAGUGUCGAGUGCCGAUUAUUUUCUCAUAGUAUAUUUACUGUAAGUUGGUAGCUUUAACGAAAUGCUAAAUGUUCCGUUUGAGAUCUAAAGAUUAUAUUUUGAUGGUGCAUGUACUCUGAACCUUGUUUCUAUAAACACAAAGAGCAAAUUUUAUUGUACCGACUUGCACGUAGAUUUGGCCAACCCUACUGCCUGUACAAGAGAUUACUAUUGUUAGGAUAUACCUAAUGUUCACUGCGUAGGAUUAUGCGCUUCGUGUCAGUAAAUAUGUGGAAAUUA